AUGAUCAACCAUUUGUCGACCCCUGCUAGCCUGAUGCCAAAGUACCCAACCUUGCCCAAUCCUACAAGCUCCAAGGAUCCUAACUUGUACCUAUCAGUCGACUGCUCCGCAUCAAUUGCGGGUCUCAAAGCAAACAAUCUACGUGUUCAAGAUGUGAUGCGCCCUCUCUAUGCAUGUCUUAUCACCGCGUAUUCAGCUGAACAUGGCUCCUCCGUAAUUAAGGCCGAUCGACGGCGGCCCGCCUCGAGCUCGGUUCAAAUGUUCAUCUUUGGUCUUGGUCUACUGGGAUUACUGGGCGCAUAUCUUAAGGCGGAAUAUUGUCUCACAGUUUCGGCCUCUUUGGAGCAGACACUACUCCGUACACACUUCACAUCGUUUCCAGACUCACCUUUAUUGUUUACUGCAUCACCUGAGCAUUAUCCACGAAUUUCAGAGAGCUGGCUUCAGAGACAAACUUCCAGGGAGGGCUUGAAAGACCUCAGAUUGGACGAAGCCAUCAGAGCCGCGAUUAAACAAGGCUGGCCCGACACUGUGAAAGAAUUGCUUUCACAGCCGCGAUCCACCCCUAAACCACCACCGCCUGAGGACCAAUCUCCAAAUCCAGAGGCCGAUGACGAUUCAAACAGCGAGACGGCUUUGAUGCUAGCUUAUAGGCUAGGCCACUCGGACAUUGUGGAAAUACUCCUGGGAUGGAUGUCUCAAUGCUCAUCUCAAGACCAGCUUGGAGAGCUUCCUGGGAGCUGGACAGACACUGCCGCCGUCGAUAGCGAGGGAAACACAGCAUUGCACCUUGCUGCAACCGAAGGCCAUGAUCAAGUUGUUGAAAUUCUCUUGCAGAAUAAUCGGGACCUUCUCGAAAAGACGAACGAGAAAGAAAAAAACCGCUCUACAGUUGGCUUGCGAGGGUGGCAAAUCCUCUGUUUCCAGCUUUUGCUUGAGAGCGGCGCCAGCCCAAAGAUUAAGAAUACCCUCAAUCAGGAUACAGUGCUCCAUCUUGCUGCAUGCGGUGGCAACCUUGAGUGCUUUGAGGGGCUAUACAAAAGACUGCCAGGCUACCUGAAUGAAAAAAAUGGUUACGGUGCGAGACCCCUACAUCUUGCUUGCCAGUUUGGAAAUGCUUCUAUUGUCAGUUUCCUGCUCGAUAAGGACGCCGACCCUCGCGUGAAAGAUGAUGAUAAUGAAGAUACCCCUCUUCAUCUAGCUGUAAGCGCAAACAAGAUUGAUGUUGUUGAAAUCCUCGUGAAGAGAGACAAGGAGCUUCUUAACCUGAAAAAUGCCAAAGGUGAAACCGCACUGCUUGUCGCCGGCUCUGGUUCGCUCAUCGAGGUUGUGAAUUAUCUCCUGGAAAAUGAAGCAGAUAUUUAUUCCGUCGAUAGCGCCGGGGAAAACAUACUGCACAAUGCUGUCAGGGAAUCCCGAAUCGACCUGGUCGAAGUUCUUUUGGAAAGAAAUAUGGAGAUACGCCCAAGCCACACAGGAAGGACUCCGUUACAUCAUGCCUGCUUCAACAACAAAGACGAACUUGUUUCAAAGUUUCUCGACCAUCUGAAUAAGGACUCAUCCAAAAAGCGGAAAACUCUUUCUCAUAAGGACAAUUGGGGCGACAGCCCCCUGAGUGAUGCUGCUUCUGAUCGAAAUGUUCAUAUUGUCCUUCAAUUUCUGAAAGACCCUGUGUACUUUUCACAGGACUCCUUGAACUACCUUGCCACCGACAAGAUAUGGUUUUCAGAUGAAAGGGAGUGCGAGAAAGUCAACGAGCUCCUUAUAUCGAAGCUGGAAAGUUUGAAGCCAAGGUCUGAAAAUGGCUCCGAUGUCUCCAGUCAAUCAACUUCUGGAGCAUCAGAGUAUGAGACCAUGAUAAUUGAUAAAUCUCUCACACAAAUAUGUUACUGGGCUAUCUUGAACCAACGACUGGGGCUGAUGAAAGCGUGUGUAGAGAGAGCGGAAGCACUCAACUACAACCUCACCUUGCAAAAAGAAAGCCCAACGUGGCUACAUGUAUUUGCCAUCGGAUGUGAUGGAGAUCCGAAAGACCCGUUCAACCAUAUCCCGCUUGGACUUGUUCCACGUGAUAGCCGGGGUGGUCUGGAUCCGGACCACCAAGGCGUCACUCCGCUUCACAUAGCAGUCAAACAUGCAAGAGUUGAGAUGGUCAAAUCAUUCCUGAGUCCCACGCCGAGUACCGCAGCCAAUCUCUUAAAAGGUAUCCUUCAGCAGACAUUGGAUGAGAGAAAGGAAACGACAAUCUCGCUAGCGACUGCUGGCGAAAAACCAGAACACCGAGAGAUCACAAAGCUCUUGUGGCAAGAGAUCAAACGUUAUACCAAGAUGAUUGAACCUUCCAAGGGUGACCUAGAUGAACAAAUAGCGCUGGCCCUUGAGCUUGCAGCCCGGUUUGAGCCCCCAAGAGAGGAAGUCCAGCUCAAAGCCCUCUUUGAUCAAAUCGAACACAACAACAAUAUUGAAACCGAUAUUCUCUCUUUGGCAAUCUAUCACAAGUUGCCAAAGGUCGUAUGGUGGCUUCUAUCAAACGGAGCUUACAUCAAUGAGAGAAAUAUCAAGAAUGGCAAUUCUAUGUUGGAUACUCUUUCUAAGAAUUCCGCAGAUGACAAACGAUGUCAAGCUAUCAAAGCACUGUUGGGGAACCCCCCUCCUCUGAACAAAUCUGGUACUCGGGGUGGUGACAGUCUUCUCCCAGAAAUCGAGUCAAGUCCUGAUGAUUACAAAGAUUUUCCACAGGGAACGAUCGUUGACUUUUCACACGCCGAGGGAAGUACAGAGAUUACCUUCCAAUUGAAAAGGCGUCCAUUGACGGAGAUUAUCCAUAAAUCCGGUCCCCGGAGCAUCAUGGACUCCGGUGACGUCUCAUACGAUGUGUUUUUCCGAUCCACAGAGGAUGCUACAGCCGAUGGGAACGAACCAGAAAUACCCAUGGCUAAACGAUCACAUCUUGGGGAUCAAAGGAAAAAGCAGUAUCACAAUCGUACACCAUCGACCUCUUCUGCAGUUCCUCAGAAAAAGUUGGUCUCAGCUGAAUGCUGGUGGGAAGAAGUACAUGAAGCCACAGUGCCUGGGACAGUCCUCACCAGUACUACAGAUGAGCUUGACGAGGACGCGAAAACUGGAGAAAAAGAUGGCUUCCUCCAGUGCGUUCUGGACAGCUUCCAAGCACAGACAAGAGAUUUGGAAUUAUCGACGGAUGGCAUCGUGGAGCUCAUCGUUGCCACUGCCAUUGGGCUGUUUCAGAGGAAAGACAUCACCGUUGCCCCCAAAGACCACAAAAGGUCUCCGCUGGAUGUCUUCCACGAAGCGAUGGUCGAGAUUGUAAGAACUGUCCUUGUUGACGAAGACUCUCAACGUAUCUGA